AUGUCGUUCCACGCGACGACGAUCGCGCGUUCGCUUUCCCUCGGGGGGGGCGCCGCCCUCCGCGCGUCGUCCUCGCGCGUCUCCGGCCGCCGCGUCGGGUGCGCGCGCGCGUUGUCGUCGUCGCGACGUCGUUCGUUUUCCACCAUCGUUCCUCGGAUAAGGCGACGCCGUCGCCCUCCCCCCGCCCGCCGCCGCUCGCUGACGAUCUCCCCGUCUCCCCCGCCGCGCAGACGCCACCGCGGAAAAUCAUUCACGACGACCACGCGCGCGUCCGACGCGGACGCGGAGGAGACCUCGUCCGCGUCCGCGUCCGCGUCCACGUCCGCGACGACGACGACGACGACGACGACGACGACGACGACGACGACGACGGGGGAGAGUCGAUUCAAGCGUCGAUCCCCGGACGCGCCGCCGCCGCGCCCGUCCCCGCUCGGCUCCGGCCCCGCUUCAGCGAACGCGCCGCCGUCCGGGAUCAAGGUUGUGCCGAUAGAGCAGCGCUCCCGGGACGCGUUCCAGGGCGUCGCGAAGGUGGACGAGGAGACGGACCCGACGACGCGUCUCGCGCAGCUCGUCGCGGGCGACGGGCUCGCCAUCCUGCUCUUCGCCGCGAUCGGGAGAGGGAACCACGGCGAGGGGCUCGAGCUCGGGGAGGUGUUCGCGACCGCGAUGCCGUUCCUGAUCGGGUGGUUCGCGACGUCGGGGUUGACGGGGACGUAUGGGGACGACGCGAAGGGCACGAAGACCGGCCCCGCGGCGAUCGCCGCGGCGAAGGGCGUCGCCCUCGGCGUCCCCGCCGGGAUCGCGUUGAGGGCGCUGUCGAAGGGCGCGAUUCCGCCCAAGCCCUUCGUCGUCGUCGCGCUCGUCGCCAACGCCGUGUUGCUGGUGGGGUGGAGGAGCUGGUUCGCGUCCAGCGGCGGCGGCGGCGGCGGGGUGGGUGGGAAGGGUGGGAAUAAGCGAGGGAACCCGCUCGAGUUUUUGAAUCUGUUGAUGUCCCUCACCAAGCGCUGGUGA